AUGACUCUCCUGCCCUCGCCCCUCGCUCAGUCCACUUUGGGCGAGAAGUGCGCACUCUACUUGGACCACGUUAGCGACCACCUCCCCGUGUUCCUCCACUCCCUCCGCCCUCGACUGGACCCGUAUUUGACAUACUCGACCACCACCUUCCGAUCGGUUGCGCAGGCGCUGCCAUUCGACGUUGACGAACAGGCUACCGCUCUCGGUGCGGCGCUCCUGAUCGGUCUCUUGACCGUGGUCGCGAUGAGUUGGGGAAACCCCUUUAACAACUUCUGGCGCCGUUCGCCGAACUACGGUGCUGCCCCGCAGGUCCGCGAGGAUGAUUACAGCUACAUCACACCAGGCUACAUUGUUGACCCGCCAUCUCAGCCUGCUCGAUACGGCACGCAAUAUGAAGCGGGUUCUGCCGAGAAUGAACCGGAUAUCAUUUGUCUCAAGCAUCGUGGCACCAUCUACCCGCUCCAUUUCCGUGCCUAUGCCAUCGAUGAUGGUCUCCUGACCGUGGGGGACCUACGCCAUACGGCUGCUGCGAAGAUGGGUGCCAGCAACCCGAACCAAAUUCGGUUGCUGUACAAAGGGAACUUGCUAAAGGAUGAUGCUCGGACCUGCAAGGCUGAAGGGCUGAAGCAACAUUCUCAGGUGCUUUGCGUUGUCUCCGAAGUUGGCUCCAACACGCCCAGUGAUAUGUCGGACUAUGACAGUGCGCCUGCUCAUGAGAUCCCCGUUGCUCGUCCGGGGUCAUCGUCAUCUCUCGUCGAUGGGGAUGACGUGUCUGGACCCGCGAACCCCCCUGGCAAGAAGAAGAACAAGAAGAAAAAGAAGAAGGGAGGCAAACGCAGCGAAGAGAGACUUGCGCCCGAACCCUUGGGAGCUUCUUCCUCCUUGGCACCCCCGCGACCUACGUCGGCGGGUCGUUCAGCCGCCCCGUCUCCAUCCCCGAGCAUGAAGACAUUGAAGACUCCACUGGAGCAGGUGAACGCAUUGACCGAAUACUUCCAGCGGGAGUUGCUCCCUCUCUGUGACGAAUACCUGGCUGAUCCACCCACUGACCCGAAGAAGCGGGAGUUUGAGUACCGCAAGUUGAGCGAGACGAUCUUGGCGCAGGUGAUGUUGAAGGCCGAUGGGAUCGAACCGGAUGGAAACGAGACUGUCCGGAAUGCACGCAAAGCUCUGAUCAAGGAAGCCCAAGCGUCAUUGAAUCGGCUGGAUCAGGUUGGGAAAACACAAUCAUAA